UUAAUUUUCUCAAAACAAACAGAGGUACCCCUCCCAAAAGAACAAAAAAGAAAAAAAAAAAAAAAACAGUCUCCUUUGGAAAAGGGGCUUUGCAAGAUUCAAUGCAAAAACGUCAUCGAAAUCCAAUCAAACAAUAAACGACGAAAAGGGUGAUCGAAUCAGAGGUAAGAAGAGAUGUCGUGUUCUUCAUCAUCAGGGUCGGAGAAAGAUGACGAGGGAAUCGACUCUUACAGGAAAGGAGGAUAUCAUGCCGUCAGGAUCGGCGAUCCCUUUGCUGCUGGGCGUUACAUCGCACAGAGGAAGCUGGGAUGGGGUCAGUUCUCCACUGUAUGGCUCGCUUACGAUACUCAAUCCUCUAAAUAUGUUGCUCUAAAGAUUCAGAAAAGUGCACAACAAUUUGCUCAAGCUGCUCUUCAUGAGAUUGAAAUUCUUUCAUCUAUUGCCGAAUGUGAACACUCAAAUUCCAAGUGUGUGGUGCGCCUGAUUGAUCACUUUAAGCACACUGGCCCCAACGGGCAACAUAUUUGCAUGGUCCUUGAAUUUCUUGGUGAUAGCUUACUUCGAUUAAUCAGGUUUAACCGUUACAAAGGGAUUGAAUUGAAUAAAGUUAGAGAGAUAUGCAAAUGCAUUUUGGUAGGUCUGGAUUACUUGCAUAGGGAACUUGGUAUAGUCCACACUGACCUAAAACCUGAAAAUAUUCUUCUCUUUUCCACCAUUGAUCCUGCCAAGGAUCCGGUUAGAUCUGGUCUUACUCCAAUUCUUGAAAGGCCUGAGGGAGGCACCCUAAAUGGUGGAUCUACCAUGAACAUCAUUGAGAAAAAAUUGAAAAGGAGGGCAAGAAGAGCAGUUGCGAAUAUAUCUGUUAGAAGAGCUUCAAUGGGAGGAGAAGCACCAAAAUCUGCAAGAUGUCUAGAUGGGAUUGAUGUGAGGUGCAAGGUUGUGGACUUUGGAAAUGCUUGUUGGGCUGACAAACAAUUUGCAGAAGAAAUUCAAACGAGGCAGUAUAGAGCUCCUGAGGUCAUACUUCGUUCUGGGUAUUCCUUUUCCGUUGAUAUGUGGUCAUUUGCUUGUACUGCCUUUGAGCUCGCUACUGGUGACAUGAUGUUUGCCCCUAAAAGUGGACAAGGAUUUAGUGAUGAUGAGGAUCACCUUGCUCUUAUGAUGGAACUUCUUGGAAAGAUGCCUCGAAAGAUUGCCAUUGGAGGAGCCCGAUCAAAGGAUUUUUUUGACAGGCAUGGGGAUCUGAAGAGGAUUCGGAGGCUGAAGUUCUGGCCACUUGAUCGAUUGUUGGUGGAUAAAUACAAAUUCUCCGAGAGUGAUGCUCAUGAAUUUGCUGAGUUUCUUUGUCCUAUUCUCGAUUUUUCACCAGAGAAGCGACCAACUGCCCAGCAGUGUCUGCAGCACCCAUGGCUCAGUCUCAGCAGCUCAGAUCAGAAUGAGAUGCAUGGUCAGCCUAACGUGGAUGUUGGAAUGAGCAACCUUCAGAUCUAAGGUGGGCAAGUGAAGAAGGGAUUAAAGAUUGCGGCACAGCCGCACCAUUUUCUUGCCCCUCCCUCCACCUGUACAAGUAUUCAUUAUGUUGGUUAUUUUUCUUUUUUUUUUAUAAUUGGUUUGUGACAUUUUAAAUAAGAUUUAUUUUUUGAUUAAUGAUUAACGAAAUGUAAAGUAAUAACUAUUGUGAGGAAAUGACAUGGGCAAAAGGAGUUCAACUGCGAUGACAGAAGCAGGCGUUACUUGUCUUAUAUAGGGAAUCUCUUCAAAUUUUUUUCAGUUAAUGCUUACAAAUCAUGACUGAUAGUAACACCAUAAUCAAGUAACGGUGAUCCUGCUAUUCUGCAGGGAAGUUUGAUUAGCUUUGAAUCACGUGCAAUAGUUGAAUCCUUUUUCUACCAUUUUAUGUUGUCAUCAUGCCGUUUAGAAAGAUAUAUCUGGCAGUGGCUGAAUGCUUUGUGUUUUUGGCUAAGUGGUGAUUCUUGUACUAGUCAAAUAUUACUUGCUACGUACUAGUCAAAUAUUACUUGCUACCUAAUACAAAUCAAGAGACUGAAAUAAAAGUAUCGGCCUCAGCCAUUGGCUAGAUAUAGGUGCCAAGAGCUAUAAGAAUACUGGGCUGCUGGCUGCCUACUGUCGCCUAUUAAACUUGUGAGUUGUGAGUGCUUUUCAACAUCUCUUUUGCAGAGCUCCUGUUCCUCCAUUGGUUUAGCUGUCACUGGCGUUGUAUUUGAAAUCAAGGUACAAAUAAAAUAUUUCGAUUACUGAAUAGAUUGGAGGCUGCCACUAUCAAUUUGUACGACAGUUGGACUAAUGUAUGCUGAUGAGGGCUGCGGCUGCAACUAACUUCGGGGAAUUCAAGCGAGGUAUCAUCACAUUCAUAUUCCUCUGGACGGCUGCCAAGCUCCUUGGAGCAUUGGGCCUGGUUUUUAAAACUUGAUGCUCUCGCUUCUGUAAUAAAGGUUUUUGUUUUAGGAUGCAUUAUGCUUCGUUUAGGCUGCGAUUAUCCUC